UCCAGCUCGUUGGUCUAAAGCAUUUUAAAACGUCCAGUGCAACCGAUUCAGCGUUCAGUGUGUUUUCGUAUCCAUUACGAGUUACUAAAAGUCUGUGAUCGGUUUCGUAUUCAAUACGUUACAUAAUUUUUUUUUUCGCAAGCCAUAUAAUACUAAGACCUUUUUUCCGUCACCGUCUCAAGAUCUUUAGUACGUCAGCCACCUCCCUCCGCCGUAUAGUCAUCAUGUUGGUCAUCGUAACGUAUCUGCCGGCGCUGUUGCUGUUGUCUGCCGCCGUGGCCGCGCGAGCGGGUCAUUCCGUUCACGAUCCAAACGAAUAUUACAGUGAGCCCAACUAUCAUUUCAACUACGGCGUCAAGGACUUGCACACGGGUGACCUGAAGAGCCAAUGGGAGAAGCGGGAAGGCGACGUGGUCAAAGGGUCGUACAGCUUGAUGGAGCCGGACGGUUCCAUACGGACGGUUGAUUAUACGGCCGACAGCCAUAACGGGUUCAACGCGGUCGUGUCCAAGAGCGGCCACAACGUUCACCCCGCCCAACACCACCAGCAACCAAAGCAGGUCCAACACCACCAACAGCAACAGCAACAACUAUCGCUGCAGCAGAUUUACAAGCAACAACCGCUGGCACAGCAGCCGGCUGCGGCGUACCAGGUGCCCCAGCAGCACAAGCCGGCGUUGGUCGCUUACAAGCAGGCGCCGCCGUCCAAGUACCCACCGCCCCUUCUGUACCGCGGCUUCUACGGCAAGUCUUCACCAACGGCCACUGCGGCCGCCGUCAACUACAUGGCGUACCCGAACCGUCUGCUUCAGGAUUCCGACGUAGCCACAGCCACUCCAAAAUAUUACACUGCCCCUGCCCCUGCCGCCGCCGCCGCUCCACAGUAUUACGCCGAAUCGCCGGCCGAAUACGACGUCCAAGCCAAAGCCGAAGCCGCUCCCGAGUAUUAUUACUACGCGUCGGCCGUGACGCCCGACGCCGAAUCGCUGGCACCGUCCCCAUCACCGUCGCCGACUCCAGACUCGGCCAAGUCCGGUCCCGUUUUGUUCCCGGCCGACAACGCCACGGCGGCGGCUGACGCCACGUCCGACCGACCUUCGGCGUCGCCCACGCCAAUCACUCUGCUCAAAUACGAACCUGCGGACAACAACGGCGGCCAACCUCUGUACGCUGACUACAACUAUUACGCUUAAUUCAAUAAUUACAUACAUAUUAUUGUAUAUGUACCCCGUCUUCCUGCCAAAAAAGAUAUUUUUUUUAGACUUUGCUCGUAUUAAUAAUAAUUUAUAAUUAUUGUCGCGUGUACAGUACUCCCUCUUUCCCCGCCAUCCCCCGACCUAAUCGUAAGGAUAAGAUUUGUUUUGCUUACGGCACAAGCCUACCUUCCGCCUUAUCUAAAUAAUGUAUCAUAAUAUAACUUAUAAGUACGAAAUCGCGUUGCUUAUACUUUUAUUUUAACAGACGAAAUUAUCCUCGCGUUACGAGAAGUCAAUAUAUUACAAAGUCCAGUUUUCAGAUAAAAAAACCGCAUGUAUAAUAAAAAUAACACGUACUUGGUACUCAUAUUAGCUUUCUCUAUCGGUCGAGUUAUGCGUCUUCUCGCCGUCACUUCACAUAUCAACGUUUUCCCCAAACGAGCUAUUUGAUUUUUCUACUGUGCAAUCUACCUAUAUAUUAUAUUUCGAAUCAAAAAAGAUGUCCGCAAACGAACCAUAAUAUAGGUAUUAAUAACGUUGGUCGGACAAAACACUAUACGCAAUUAUUAUAUUAUAUAUUAUACACCUUAGUGCAACCAAAUAUUUUUAAUUAUUAUUAUGUAUCAUAUAAUAUUUUAGAUUUAGGACAUUACUAUAGUCUUUGUAACGAAGUGCAAUAUUUGAUUUGAUCUUUUUCGUGUUUAUUUAAUGUUAAUAUAAUUAUUAUUUGUAUUUAUAGUACAUAAUGUAGCGUAUUUAUAAUUUAAAACACACGUUUUAUGUGCAUAUAGUAUGUAUUUUUUUUUAAAUAAA